AGUCUCAAUGCGGAGCGGGCUAUGACAGCCUCCGUGCUCCUCCACCCCCGCUGGAUCGAGCCCGUCAUGUUCCUCUACGACAACAGCCUGGAUGAGAUCAAUAAGAACAUGGACGGGUUUCACGCCGGCAGCAACUUCGCGGCGGCGGCGGCGGCCAACCCCUGCCGCAACCUGAUGGCUCACCCCGCGCCCCUGGCCGCCCCCAGCGCCGCCGCCUACACCUCCAGCGAGGCCCCCGCCGCCGGCAUGGCCGAGCCCGCUGUCAAGCAGUGCAGCCCCUGCUCCGCCGCCGUGCAGAGCUCCUCCGGCGCCGCGCUGCCCUACGGCUACUUCGGCAGCGGCUACUACCCCUGUCGCAUGACCCACCACAACGCCAUCAAGUCCUGCGCCCAGCCCGCCUCCAGCUUCGCCGACAAGUACAUGGACACCUCGGUCUCCGGCGAGGAGUUCACGUCGCGGGCCAAGGAGUUCGCCUUCUACCAGGGCUACGCCGCCGGGCCCUACCAGCCGGUGCCCGGCUAUCUGGAUAUGCCCGUGGUGCCCGCCAUCGGCGGCCCCGGCGAGCCGCGCCACGACCCCCUUCUCCCCAUGGACAGCUACCAGCCUUGGGCCAUCACGAACGGGUGGAACGGGCAAGUGUACUGCCCCAAGGAGCAGAGCCAGCCGCCUCACCUCUGGAAAUCCACUCUCCCGGACGUCGUUUCUCAUCCCUCGGAUGCGAACUCGUACAGACGUGGAAGAAAGAAACGAGUGCCUUACACAAAGGUCCAGUUAAAAGAACUCGAAAGGGAAUAUGCUACAAAUAAAUUCAUAACCAAAGACAAGAGGAGGAGGAUAUCGGCGACUACAAAUCUAUCAGAGAGACAGGUCACAAUCUGGUUCCAAAACAGAAGGGUCAAAGAGAAAAAAGUGAUCAACAAAUUGAAGACUACCAGUUAAUGGAUUAAAAAUGGAGAAGCAGCAAUUCGAGAGUUUCAGAACUUUUUUUUUUUUUGGUGUGUGUGUUCAGAUUAAAGUAAUUAUUAAUAAUAAUUAAAAAGA